GCAUUUGUUACAUUGACCGUGUACCAGUUUGGCAGGAUAAAAGAUUUGGAAGAGCAGACAGGUUUUCAGAAUACAGAAUCAUUCAUUGAUGUCUUACGGAAUACAGUAGAAAGGAAACAUGAGAAUCAUAAGCGAUCUCUGGAUCAAAAUACCAGAGCACAAUCAAUACGAGUGACAUGUCAAGAAACAGCUCUAGAAAUUCUCAAAGACUUUGCAUUGUAUCUGGACCAUACUAAAGGAAAUGCCAGAGCUGGGCGUCAAACGUCAACAGGGAACGAGAUGGCUAAAAUAUUCGAACAGUUAGCAAACGCAGAGGUAACAUUAUUUGAUAAAUACUGCGCUAAUGACACCAAGCUGUGUAUGCCAGGACCCGAUGGAAAACCAGGACAAAAAGGAGAAACUGGGCCUAAAGGUGAUCCUGGUGUUCAAGGUCCCAUCGGCUUACCAGGCACAAAAGGAGAUAUAGGAUUGUCAGGAUUGAAAGGUGAUCAAGGUCCGGCAGGUUUGAAUGGUCCAUCAGGACAACCUGGUCCAAAAGGAGACAUAGGAUUGUCAGGAUUGAAAGGUGAUCAAGGUCCGGCAGGUUUGAAUGGUCCAUCAGGACAACGUGGUCCAAAAGGAGAUAUAGGAUUAUCAGGAUUGAAAGGUGAUCAAGGUCCGGCAGGUUUGAAUGGUCCAUCAGGACAACCUGGUCCAAAAGGAGAUAUUGGGCUUCCUGGCCUUCAAGGUCCGGCAGGUUUGAAUGGUCCAUCGGGACCACCUGGUCCAAAAGGAGAUAUUGGGCUUCCUGGCCAGAAAGGUCCAGCAGGACGAGACGGUCUUCCUGGAUCACCGGGACGAGAUGGCAGCCCUGGACCACCGGGACCUGCUGGAGCCCCAUUAAACGUAAAGUCAUUUGCUGGACCAAGCUGCUGUGAUGUUUUAGCAAAACCAACAUUCUCGAAUACAAACCAACUAUUAAAGGUCACAGAAGGUUCAACAUUAAAAGUCAUCUGUGACGUCAACGCUUCACCUACUCCGAAGAUCACAUGGUCUCCACCUCCAAAUUCAUUGGGCAGCAGAUAUCAGGUGAACGGAACUGUCAUUACCAUUACAAAUGCGACUACGGCAGAUUCUGCCAUAUUUAAUUGCAUAGCAACAAAUGCACUCGGAUCCUCUAGUAAACAGACCGUUUUAGAGGUAUUCAAGCAUAUUAAAAUAUUAGAAAUUCCUCAAAAUCACACCAUACUUACCGGACUUCCGGUAAAAAUGGAAUGUAAAUUUGGCGGGAAUCCCACACCAACAAUUCGCUGGUACCACAUAGCAGCUAAUGGGCAAAGGGUACCAGUAACACAAGGUGUGUAUGGUAUACCGGAUGGAUCACAGCUACAGAUUAUAAGUGCCUUAGCAGGAGAUUCCGGGAAAUAUGAAUGUGAAGCCACCAAUGGCGUAGAGACAUUAUCAAAGUCGGCUUACCUAAUAACUCAAGGCCCUCCCAAAGUACAAAUGCCAAGUGUUAUAACUGCAAUAGCUGGGGAAACUAAAAUACUCCACUGCAAUGCUGUAGGAGAGCCGAAGCCCACAACCACGUGGUCUCCACCGCCUAACGUUAAUAAUAUUAUUGAGAACAAAGAUAAAGAUCUUGUCAUGAUCGAUGUAGAGAAGAAAGACCAAGGACCAUACCAGUGUACUGCUACAAAUGUAUUCGGAACCGAUACAUACACGGUACUUUUGCAAGUAAAAGAAUCACCCGUCGUUAAGAUAAAAACAAAACACAUUGCUGUUAGCAAAUCAACAACCAACUUUGGAAUCGACUGUCAGGCUACUGGGGAAGCACCUUUGAACGUUCAGUGGUAUCACAACGGGUCACCAGUUAUCAAGGACGGUAAACAUAUCAUACUUCCGGAUAGAACUCUACUGGUUCUCGGUGUAUCGGCACCUAACGACCUUGGGAAUUACAUGUGUGUUGCAUCCAACAAUCUUGGUUCUGCCAAUAGAACAGCUGUAGUCUAUGAAGACAAGGGAACAGUUACUUGUGAUUCUGUGUUUUUACCAUGUGAGCUAAUGUGUGGAGUACAUUGCCCGAACGAUUGUCCACUGGCGUCAGCUCCUGUUUAUGGCACUGGCAGAUAUGAUGUGAGUUCAUCCGUAUGUAGAAGCGGAGUUCAUAGCGGUGUGAUCAAAACACGUGGUGGUGAGGUUAUCUGGGAGAAUGCAGCAGCAUCACCUCCUUAUACUGCGUCGACUAGAAAUGGUGUUUCUAGUUCGGCAUUGAGUUCGGCAACAUCCUUGUCUGAAGCUAUUGUUGUUUCCGUGUGAGCUUGGGCUGAUGAUGCAAAGGAUCAACAUAAACAUGAUUUGU